CAAUAUGGCCGCACAGUGAGAGGAACGCUAGCUAAACUCAUAGCUCACAUGACAAAUAUUAUAACAUAGUGGCGUUUUUAUUUUGAUAUUUUGAAGUGGACUCAUGUUUUGCGAUGUUGUUGCCACUUCACACGGUGUGUUUAAGAAGCCAGACAACCUGCAGAAGAAGCUUCGCCUCUGCUCUCUUAAAACUAUCGAGGCACAGGGAUAAUGCUAACGUUUCUCACUUCAGUCAUUCAGCUGGACUUUCUGCACAAACAUGCAAGACACUUCUGUACAGAAAACACGGAGACCCUUCUCAGACCAUUCAGUUGGAGGAUGUAGAUCUGCCCCCCAUAGGUGCAAAGGAUGUCCUGGUUAAAAUGCUGGCGGCCCCAAUCAACCCAUCUGACAUCAACAUGAUUCAAGGUACUUAUGCCAUCUUGCCUGACCUCCCAGCUGUUGGGGGCAAUGAAGGAGUGGCCCAGGUCGUAGAGGUGGGCAGCCUGGUGAAUUCUCUCAAAACAGGAGACUGGGUUAUUCCAAAAGAUGCUGGUCUAGGGACAUGGAGGACAGAGGCAGUGCUAGCUGAGAAUGAUGUAAUUUCGCUACCGAAUGACAUUCCCUUGUUGUCUGCUGCCACUCUGGGGGUAAACCCCUGCACUGCCUUCAGGAUGCUCUUUGACUUUGAAGAUCUUAAGCCAGGUGACACAGUGAUCCAGAACGCAGCCAACAGUGGAGUGGGGCAGGCUGUCAUACAGAUUGCUGCUGCACGAAGAAUAAACACUAUCAACGUAAUCCGAGACAGGCCAGAGUUCCCACAACUCAGUGAUAGGUUGAAGGCUAUUGGAGCGACUCACGUGAUCAAAGAAGAGACGUUGAGGCGGCCUGAGAUUAAGGAACUUUUCAAGACUUGUCCAAAACCAAAACUGGCAUUAAAUGGAGUUGGAGGCAAGAGUGCAACAGAACUGCUCCGUCAUCUACAGGUUGGAGGCUCUAUGGUGACAUAUGGAGGGAUGGCCAAACAGCCUGUUACUGUCCCUGUGAGUGCUCUUAUUUUCAAGGAUGUGAAGGUUCGGGGAUUUUGGGUCACACAGUGGAAGAGAGAUCACUCAAAUGAUGAAAGGGUUUUUAGAGCCAUGCUGGACGAACUGUGCUCCCUCAUCCAGCAGGGAAAGCUCACAGCUCCUGCCUGCACUGAGGUGGGACUCCAAGACUACAGCAAAGCUCUUGACGCAGCUAUGCAGCCUUUCACUUCAGCUAAACAGGUCCUAAUCAUGUGACUUGACUGGUCUUAUCAACUGAUUGCUACACUGUCAAUACCAUAGCAUGUGAAUUAAAAAUGUGACUGCUACAUUAUUGUUGAUGUGUCAAUCAAAUGUACUGCUCAACCACAUAUGUUACUCAAUAAAUGUGUCAUCAC